AUGGCCGAGCGGACGAUGGAGGCCUACGAGAACAAGCUGCAAGAUGCUUCCCUCGACUUCAAAGCCAAGCUACCCAUCCUGACUGAGCUCCGCGACCAGCUCGAUGCUCUCUGCCAACCGCCGACAUAUGCCACCUUCCUGUCCAAAUUCAUCCCCAUCUUCCUGACCACCUUGUCGGGCUCGCCGGUAUUCACCUCGACAUCCUACGAGCAGAGAGUGCGACAAUGCGUGCUAGAGAUCCUCCAUCGUCUGCCCAUGUCUUCCGACGGCGCAGCCAUGGAGCCCCAUGCCGAGAAAGUCGUGGACAAGUGUCUGGAAUUGGUCAAGGUGGAGAAUGAGGACAACGCAGUGCUGUGUCUGAAGAUCGUUAUGGACAUCUGCCGCUACCAUACCAAGACAGCAGGCGUCGCCGACAAGGCACAGCCUUUUCUCGAUCUCAUUCUCGAAAUCUUUGAUAGCAUGGAGCAGACGGUCAAGGACACCUUCGACACCCAGUCGCCCGUUCCUGCCACAGCCGGUCUGUCUGCCACUCCCGACAAUACAGGAACUCCUGGCUCACCUGUUGCCUCUACCAGCCAUGCUCUAGGUGCAGAUCCCGGCGCGGAGCAGAGCACGACAAGGCAAUUGGUCAAGGGCAUGCACAGCUUCAAAGUCGUCGCCGAAUGUCCCAUCAUCGUCGUCUCCAUCUUCCAGGCACAUCGCGCGCUAUCAGGCAAGAAUGUCGCCAAGUUCACGCCCCGCAUCAAGCAAACCCUCCUCCUUGAGGCCGGUCCUCAAAAGAGGGCUCAUGAGGAGGCCAAGGCGAACGGCACCAUCUUCACCGGCAUUGCCAAGGAGAUAAAAGCCAAGGGACAGUCGGGCGCUUUCGGCGAUCUGGUGACUGCUCAGGUCAAGACCAUGUCGUUUCUGGCAUAUCUUCUCAGAGCCUACUCCUCGUCCUUGACCGACUUUCUUUCUCAUCUUCCUGAGCUCACGGUACGAUUACUUCGCGAUGUCCCGCGGAGCUCGACUGCCACACGGAAAGAGCUUCUUGUUGCGAUAAGGCACAUCAUCAACUUCAAUUUCCGCGCAGUCUUCCUUCCCGUCAUUUUGCCGCUCCUCGAUCCCAAUACCUUGGUUGGCGAUUCGCUCACGGCAGACAUCACAUUACGACCUCUAGCCUACACAAUGCUUGCCGACCUCAUCCAUCAUGUCCGAGAGCAGCUCAAUGCAAAGCAGAUCGCCCGUGUCGUGCAAGUGUACGUGGGCCACCUCACAGGUGACGAUGGAGUUGAAGUGCCGGGGACAAGCUAUCAGACUAUGUCCGCCAAGCUCUUGCUGAAUAUGGCAGAGUGCAUGUCGAAAGUGGAAGACAAGAAGAACGCUCGCUUCUUGAUGAUGAGCGUGCUCAAUGGCAUUGCAGACAAGUUCGCCGCCAUGAACCGCGCUUACCCCAAUGCCGUCAAGCUCUACCGCCAGCAGCACGAGCACGCUCAGUCCAACCCCGAGGCCGCGCCCGAGAAUUAUCUUGCCACCAAAGAUGCCAAGCCUGACUGGGAUGAGACUGACAUCUUCAAUGCCAUGCCUAUCAAGGCCGUGAAUCCCAAGGACAGAGCCACAGACCCCGUCACUGAGAACAAGUUCCUCUUCAAGAAUCUCUUGCAAGGUCUGAAGCAAUUCUUUUACCAGUUGCGGAACAGCAAUCCUCCGAAGCUCAAAGAAGAGAUCGACACCGCAAGUGCGCCUCCCCACUGGAACGAGCUCUCCUCGGGCUUCGAAGCAGAGGAGGUCGAGGUAUUGAUCAAGUUGUUCCGAGAAGGCGCAAAGUGCUUCCAGUAUUAUGCGCCGCUAGACACCGCGGCAGCCAACAGCUUGCCCAAUGAGCCAACUUCGAGCAUCGCUACCACUGCUAACAGCAAGGAAGAAAAGGACCUGCUCGAAACAUUUGCAACCAUCUUCCACCACCUCGAUCCUGCCACGUUUCACGAGAUCUUUACCUCGGGGAACCCGUCGGGAAUGGCUUUUUUGUACACGCAAAGCUUCAAGCAUGCUGCUUUGUUGCACAUCCCGCAGUUCUUGCUGGCUAGUGAAGCAACGAGUCCGGCAUUCUGCUGCAUGCUGUUGAAGUUUCUGAUGAGCAAGCUUGACGAGGUUGGCGAGGCUGAUGCUUCCAAGACGUCUGUCCUGUUGAGGUUAUUUAAGCUCUCCUUCAUGGCUGUCACACUCUUCUCUCAACACAAUGAAGGAGUUUUGCUGCCUCAUGUGCGUGAGCUCAUCACCAGAUCAAUCGAGCUCUCCAUAACCGCUGCCGAGCCCACGAAUUAUUUCCUGCUCCUGAGAAGUCUUUUCAGAAGUAUCGGAGGUGGCCGUUUCGAGCAUCUGUACAAGGAGAUCCUGCCGCUACUGGAGAUGCUUCUCGAGGUUCUGAAUACUCAGCUUGCAGCGGCGCCAGAUGGCAGCACUCGCGAUCUGUUCGUCGAGCUAUCACUUACGGUCCCGGCUAGACUUAGUCACCUCCUGCCGCACUUGUCGUAUCUGAUGCGGCCUCUGACUGUCGCAUUACGCUCCGGAGAUGAGCUCACCGCCCAGGGUCUGCGGACUCUGGAGCUCUGUGUUGACAAUCUUACGGCCGACUAUCUGGAUCCGAUCAUGCAGCCCUGGAUGGAAGAGAUUAUGGGUAGCUUGUGGCGGAUGCUUAAGCCUGCAAGUUUGACAGGUGGUAGCAUAGCUGGUCCGAAUGGACCCGUAACCAUCGGCACCGGCCACCAGGGCGCCCACACUGCCGUUCGCAUCCUUGGCAAGCUGGGAGGCAGAAAUCGGAAGUUUCUCGUCAAUCCACCCGAGCUCGACUGGAAGCAGUACUCGGAUGAUGAAGCUAGCUAUGACCUUCGAUUCAUUGGCGCUAUUAGCAGUGGCGGUGCGCGUGCUAUGCCCGCUCGGCUCGGCAUCGACUCGGCCAUCGACAAGCUUUGGGAAAUGCCCAAGACUGCCGCACAGAAAGCCUCAGACGAGCAUCACAAGCGGCAAUCAUUCAAGUUUAUCGUGUCUCACAUCAAGCUGCUCGUCGGAUCGGACAACCUUCCUGAUGACCUCGCCAAAUUAGUGAGGCUACAGGCUCAUGACCUGGCAUCGAAAGACUUUGACUUCGGCUCGGAUCUCUUUUCUGCAUCAGAGCGAUCAAAGUCGACAGUCAAGCGCGACGAGCAACAGAAGACACUUCUCAAGUUGCUGAAGGCACUCAUUUAUGCCACAAGCAUCGAGCAGUUGAAGGAGGAUGCCGACCAAUUCUUGCUGGGCAUCUGUCGCCACUUUAUGCUCGUUGAGCUCGGAGUCGCUGUUGCCAGAGAGAAACACAACCGGCGACCUUUCAACGUGCAUUCUGGAGAGGGUCCCGUUUUUGUGGAAACAUCAACGCUCGCUGAUGCGUUCUGCGAAAGCCUGGCUUCUGACCAGAAGAUUGUCAGGGAAACCACUGAACGAGCUAUGCAGUCUUGUCUCAAAUUUGCAUCAACUAUCUUCGGCUCGUCCACCAAGGCAGAAUGUCUACCAUUCUUCAGCCGCUUGUCCGAAGCUUUUUGCCACGCCUGCUAUGAAGAGGAAUGGUUCACCAAGAAUUCGGGCGCUGUGGGCAUCACUGUCCUGACCGAUAAGCAGAAGAUGCAAUUUUCGGACACUUUUACCAACGAUCGUUUGUCGGAGAUGCUUAAAGCCCUGCUGUUUGUAAUCAAGGACAUGCCGCAGGAUCUCCCUGCCAACAUCCGGGUGCAGGCCAAAGAUACUAUCGUUGCUUUGGUCAAGAGAUUCGGCAGCAGUGGAGCAGAGAAUAAGGACGACCUUGCAAAGAAGGAAAGCAAGCUUCACGGCCAUGCAAAAUAUCUGAUUUCAGAAGUCAACCACAUGAACCGGCAUGUGCGCGAGGCUGCUCAAUCUGCUCUACGCGCUCUUGCCGUCUCGUUCGAUUUGCCGCCCCAUGAGCUGCUCGCGCCUGUCAAGGACGCACUCACGUUCGGCAUCUUCAUCAAGCCUUUGAGAGCAUUGCCAUUCGCUGCACAAAUAGGCUACAUCGAUGCCAUCGAUUUCCUCCUCGAUGUGCCUCUGGAUAAGGAAAUUCUGCCAUUCGACGACAACCUCAACCGAUUGCUCUUCGAGACUUUAGCGCUCGUUGACGCAGACGACGAAAGCCUGGCGCCGAAACCAUACGAGUUUCGGACCGCUGAAAACAUCGUCCGGUUGCGUGUUGCCGGAUUGAAAUUGCUGGCUACCGCGAUCAAGCUACCAGGGUUUAGCGCAAACGCAACUCCUGGGCAGCAGAAUCAGCAAGGCCAGCCGCAGAGUGGACAGCACCGUGCAAGAGUAAUAAGCAUAUUCUUCAAGAGUCUGUACAGCAAGAACAAAGAUGUUGCAGGUGCCGCCAAUGCCGGACUCAAGAUUGUUCUCCAGUCCACGUCAAAACUUCCCAAAGACCUUCUACAGAAUGGACUGCGACCUAUCUUGAUGAAUGUGCAGGAUCCGAGAAAGCUAAGCGUGGAGGGUCUGGAGGGCCUACGCACGUUGCUGCAAUUGCUGCACAACUACUUUAAGGUCGAGAUUGGCACUCGGUUGCUUGACCACAUGGAAAAGAUUGCGGAUACUCCCACCCUUCAGAAGGUGUCCUUCCAACUCAUCGAAGCUCAACCUAAGAUGAAGGUUGUAACCGCGAUCUUCAGCGUCUUUCAUCUCCUGCCAAGCCAGGCCGCUCAAUUCUUGGACGAUCUCGUCAAGCGAGUGCUGAAACUCGAGGAAGCUCUCAGGAGGACGAGACGCAGCCCUUUUCGCGAACCACUCAUCAAGUACCUCAACCACUAUCCAAACGAGUCAUGGUCUUAUUUUCGCGAUGCAAUGAAGAACGAGGCAAAAGGACGUUUCUUUGCUCAAAUACUUGAGGAUCCUGAGAGCGCAACACUAAGGGAGAAGGUGAUCAAGGAGGCUGAAGGUCUUGUUGCGACGUUCAAGGCAGAUAAUUUGGACUCUGAGAAGGCUCAUGCAGCAGUCAACGCCGUCCAUAUUGCGUAUGCGAUCUCUCAGUACCCAGAGCACGCAAAGCAGCUGCUCAGCAGUGAGACCACUCGCAAAGCUCUCCUGGAGGCAACAAAGCAGUUGCAGAAAAAGCUGCACGACCACACAUUACCUGAGAAUUUGCGACUUGCGGUGAUGCAGUCCGCCGAGCAGAUCAUGCAUAUCGUGACCGUCUAUCUCGGCGAUCACAGGGACGAUCUUGAUUACCUGUUCGACAUUUUCGAGUCCUGCGUUCAAGACGAACUUCAGGCGACUCCCACCCUGCUCGCGUAUCUCUACAAGAAUGUCAUCACCGUGGACGAUGUGGAAUAUCAGCGCUCCAUUGUGAAUCGCUGCAUUGACAUCUACAUGUCCAAAGAUACGCCGCAGAAGCUGAAGUGGUUUGCCUUCCAUAAUGUCUCGAACCCGAUCCUGGCGAAUGACGUCUCACGGAACUGGGACACGCUCAUGGAGCCGGUCAACAACGGUACCGCGCUUUUUGACAAAGCUAUGGCAAAUGCGGUACACAACAAGCUUUGGAGACCACAAUCGGUCGCCGACAUUUCUGACGACAACACGCAAGGAGUAGAUCACAGCAGGAUGGAACUGCUCCAGACUUCCGCAUUCUUGAUCAAGUAUCAUCAUUCCAUGCUGCAAGAGACGAGGAAGGAUCUCAUCAAGUUUGGCUGGAACUACAUCCGACUUGAGGACCACAUCAACAAAUUUGCGUCCUACUGCUUGAUCACAUAUUUCAUCAACAAUUACGACACGCCGCCGAAGAUUGCAAUGCAGGUGUACAACAGUCUGCUUCGCGCGCAUCAAGCCGAGGGCCGAAAUCUGGUUUCGCAGUCGCUCGAGAUUCUCAAGCCUGUGCUCAAGAAGCGUCUUGGAGGGCCAGAGGGUCGUCAAAGCAUCUGGGCUAGACUACCACGCAAGAUCCUAAGUGAAGAGAUCAGCAAUGUGCCUCAGCUGACCAGCAUCUACCACUUCCUCGUGCGGCAUCCAGAUCUUUUCUACGAAGCUCGGGACGGCUUCGCCCAGAUCAUCAUUCCAUCCAUAAGCAAAGUGGUGCAGCUUCCGAAUCCGAGUGCCGAUAGCAGGAGACUCGCUCUCAACCUAUUCACGUUGAUUUGGCAAUGGGAGGAGCGCACCGUCCGUGAGCACGGCUCUCUGACUGGUGGCGAGUCUACGACCGAUGGAAAGCAGAAUCCAAAGAAGGCUGUCGUCGCCAACAGCACUCUGCGGCUGGUUUUCAUCAAAUACAUGGUGCAGUUCAUUGCAACCCUUCCCGAGCGAUUCCCAGUAUCGCCGCCAAAGAGCAAAGACGCUCCAACAAGCAACAGUCAACAGCAGCCCCACGAGACUGUGACAAAAUCCCUCGACUUGCUGUCAAAACUGCUUUCGCCGCCAUAUUGGGAUGACUUGGACAUCGACGGCAUGUUUCCGAAAGUGACGGAGCAGAUUCUCUGCACGGAGCAUAAGCAGGAGGAAAAAGUGGAGAUCUGGACCACUCGUGUUGUGAACACCAUUCAAAUCCUCAAGGUUCUGCUGAACUCGAGGCCGAAUGAAUGGGUCAUUGCACGCUUGCCACAACUGCAAAAACUUUUGGCCAAGCCUCUCAAGAGUGAGACUCCAGAAAUCCAAGAUGCGCUGCACAAUGCCGACUUCCAAGAGCAUGUUGUGCCGCAGCUUCCGCCAAUACUCAGGCGUGCUCUUGAUCCGAUCCCGGUGCAGGCGCCUGACGAUGAGCUCCCCGACGCAGACAGCCCGACAGAAGAGUUCACAGGAUUUUUGACAACCGAAGCGGGCAAUCUGCUCAACAACGGCAGCCAUGUCGCAGGUAUCAAUAUCUUGUGGAUCAUGGCGCAGCGCAAGCCGGAGGACGUCGACACGCAUACUGCAGCUUUGCUGAAGACGUUGCAGACCAAGCUUGCUAAAGAUCACUUGGCGUCUCUGAUGCACCCUCAGCAGAUGAUGGCACAAGGCGUGCAGAACGCGCAACCGACGCCUCAGGAAGCUCAAAUCACCGUGGACAUGAUCAUCAAGGUGAUUGAAAUGUUGUCAGCCCGAAUCAGCACUCUUGGUGAGAGUCGCAGGCCGUAUCUCAGCGUUCUCGCCAGUCUUGUGGAGCGAUCGACCAAUAAUGCACUCUGCGAGAAGAUUUUGAGUCAGGUGGAGAAUUGGGUGUUCAAUUCGCCGGAGCCCGUGCCAACGCUGAAGGAGAAGACGGCUGUCCUCCAGAAGAUGUUGCUCUUCGAAAGCAGACCAGACCAGACUCUGUACACCAAGUUCAUGAAUUUGGUGAUCCGCAUCUACGAAGAUCCCAAGAUCACCCGAUCAGAGCUCGCCGUACGCAUGGAGCAUGCAUUCCUCAUCGGCCUCAGAAGCCCGGAUAUCGAAAUGCGAGCACGCUUCAUGGGCAUAUACGACAAAGCUUUGAGCCGCUCGACGAGCAAUCGAUUCUACAAGCUGAUCAGUGAGCAACAAUGGGACGUGCUCGGUGAUUCGUUCUGGUUGAGCCAGGUUAUCCAGCUCAUGUUCGGUUCGUUUGACCAGCAUGCGCCAAUCCAUCUGCACCAGGACGAUUUCAAAUGUCUACCAGAGUCCAAGGCUGUGAGCACAUACAUCAGUGACACGCGGGUGAACGACGUCAUGGUCGAUGACAAUCUCGAGGAGUUGCUGGUUGACGAAAAGCGCUUCAUGAUGGAAAUCAGCACUGUUCGUGCAAGAGAGGUCCUGGUGCCUCUCGCCGAGAUUCAGCACACUGACUGGACGCUGGCGCACGAUAUCUGGGUCGCAUACUUCAAGAUGUGCUGGUCCAUACUUCCAAAGGAUGAUCGAGACGACAUCGAACAAGGGCUCGUCGCCCUGCUCACCAAGGACUUCCAUCAGCGUCAGAUCGACAGGCGGCCGAAUUGUGUAGCAACAUUGCUGGAGGGCAUUGCUGGAGCCAGACCUGCAGUCAAGUUUGCACCCCACGUGAUGAAGUAUUUGGCCAAGUCUUACGACGCUUGGUACGUCGCUGCAACCUACAUGGAAGAUCUGGCCAUGAAACCGACCGUUGACACGACCAAUGUUCGGGAGAGCAAUCUCGACGCCCUGGUCGAGACAUACGCUGGCCUGGAGGAGAGUGACUUAUUCUACGGCACAUGGCGUCGACGCGCUGCAUAUGUAGAGACAAACGCUGCUUUGUCGUAUGAGCAGAAUGGCGUCUGGGACAAGGCUCAGAACAUGUACGAGCAGGCACAGGUCAAAGCUAGGACCGGAUCUUUGCCAUACUCGCAGGGCGAAUACAUGCUGUGGGAAGAUCAGUGGGUCCUUUGCGCGCAGAAGCUGCAGCAGUGGGACAUCCUUGGAGAAUUCGCAAAGCACGAGAACAUUAACGAUCUCUAUCUCGAGGCAAUGUGGAGGAACUAUGAGACAUGGCAGAAUGCCGAAAACCGCGACCAUCUGGAGACUGUGAUCAAGGCUGUUUCCGAUGCGCCGACUCCACGCAGAAUGUUCUUCCAGGCAUUUAUGUCUUUGCUGAAGUUACACAACAAGACCGAGCAGCCCCAAGAGUUCAAUCGCACUUGCGACGAAAACAUUCAAUUGUCGAUCAAGAACUGGCACAAGCUGCCCCGCCGCAUCACCAACGCGCAUAUUGGGCUUCUGCAGAACUUCCAGCAGCUGGUUGAACUGCACGAUGCCAGUGUCAUUUGCCAGAGCUUGGCGCAGACGAAUGCCACAAAUCUGGAUGUCAAAUCCCAAGAGCUGAAGGUUCUCCUGUCGACGUGGCGAGAUCGUUUACCAAACCUAUGGGACGACAUCAAUGCAUGGCAAGACCUGGUGACAUGGCGUCAACACAUCUUCCAGCUUAUCAAUGGGACGUACCUCAACCUCAUCCCUAGCGGCCAAGGAGCCGCGACAGGGAAUAGCUACGCUUACCGCGGAUACCACGAGACGGCCUGGAUUAUCAAUCGAUUCGCUCACGUGGCUCGAAAGCACCAAAUGCCGGAAGUGUGCAUCACACAACUGAGCAAGAUCUACACGCUUCCCAACAUUGAAAUUCAAGAGGCAUUCUUGAAGCUGAGGGAACAAGCAAAAUGUCACUACCAGAACCGCGCAGAGCUUACCAAUGGGCUAGAUGUGAUCAACAACACGAACCUGAACUACUUUGGUCAGCAGCAAAAGGCAGAGUUCUACACUCUUAAGGGCAUGUUUCUCAGCAAGCUGAACCAGAAGGACGAGGCGAGCGACGCCUUUGGCACUGCCCUGUUCUUCGACAUCAAGCUACCAAAGGCUUGGGCAGAAUGGGGACGCUACAACGACAAGCUCUUCAAGGAGGACCCGACGAAUCUGGAGACCGGCUCAAACGCUCUGUCUUGCUAUCUGGAGGCCGCAGGACAGUACAAGAGCGCCAAAUCUCGGAAACUGCUUAGUCGCAUUCUUUGGCUCCUCAGUUUGGAUGACGCGGAUGGUCAGCUAUCUCAGAAGUUCUAUGACUAUCACGGUGACCAUCCCUGGUGGUAUUGGGUGACAUUCAUCCCACAGCUGAUUGCCAAUCUGUCACGAACAGAGAGCGAGGCCAACAUCGCACAUCAGAUCUUGACAAGUCUAGCGAAGACAUAUCCUCAAGCUCUGCACUUCUCUCUGCGCACAAGCCACGAAGACCACCAAGCUAUCCGCAAGUCAUUGAUGCUGAGGGAGCAGAAAGAGAAGGCAAUGAAAGCCAAGCAAGCCGGCAGUGCUGCCAGCGGCGACAACGUCAAGAGUGAAUCGCCUGCAAGACCUGAUAGUUCAGCUGGACAGUCGAGACCAACCACAUCGGCUGGCGACACAUCACUGCCCACCACCAACGGCGAGACCAAGGCAGAUGAGAAGAAGGAAGGAGGCGAGGGCGAAGAGAAGAAAGAAGGUGAGGCACCGAAGCCACGGAAGUCAUGGGAGCACACAGAGGCUCUCGUCAUAACAUUGCGGACUGCAUUCCCUCUGCUGUACGCCUCGAUGGAAGCCAUGGUCGAGCAGAUCCAGCGCCACUUCAAGUGUCCGCCAGACGAGGACGCAUACCGACUCAUCGUUGCGCUGCUCAACGAUGCUCUCAGCUACGUGGGUCGUUCUCCACAGUCUUUCUCCCAAGACAACAAAUUGCCUCCUCAGACGGAAGCCAACAUCACACGUUUCGCUGAGAGCAUUCUGCCGCCGCAUAUCCGCAAGUCGUUCGAGCAGGACUUUGUGACCAAGAAGCCGACUAUGCUGGAGUAUAUUGGAAAGCUGCGGAGAUGGCGAGACAAGCUUGCAGAACGACUUGACCGCCGAUCAACCACCUUCCAUCUGGCUGAGAACACUCAUUUGGCCGGUUUUAGGUUUGUCUGGUUUGAUGAGGUUGAGAUUCCUGGCCAAUACCUACAACACAAGGAUAAGAACCAAGAUUUUGUAAGGAUUGAGCGCUUCCUGCCUAAUGUCGACCUGGUACGUGGCGUUGCAAGCUGUCAUCGACGUCUGAGGAUUCGCGGACAUGAUGGAAGUGUGCAUCCAUUCGCAAUCCAACACCCGGCGCCGAGACACAGCAGGCGAGAGGAGAGAAUCCUGCAGCUGUUCCGAAUCUUCAACAGCACAUUGUCGAAGAAGAAGGAAAGCAGACGUCGCAAUUUGCAAUUCCAUCUACCGGCCAUGGUUCCUCUCAGUCCACAAAUUCGCAUCAUCCAGGACGAUCCGUCUUACACGUCGCUCCAAGCUGUCUGGGAAGACUACUGCCGGCGCAACGAGACCGACAAGGACCAGCCGAUCAUGUUCACGAUGGAGAAGAUGCGUUCGAUCACGCCCAACCAGAGACAAGAGCAAUGGCUCAACAUGCGCAUCGAGUCGCUCAACUACGUUCAAGAGCACUAUGUGCCCAAGGAUCUGGCGCGCGACUACUUCGCUGCCACAUUCCCAUCCUACGACUCUUUCUGGUUGUUCCGCCGACAAUUCUCGUACCAGCUCGCGGCACUGACAUACAUCACGUUCACGAUGUUCAUGACUGUGCGCUACCCCAACAAGAUGCACAUUUCCAGAAGCAACGGCAACAUUUGGGGCUCGGAGUUGUUGCCAUUCAUGCUGGCGAAUCGACCGCUCUUCCAUCAACCAGAGCCGGUACCUUUCCGUCUUACGCCAACCUUGCAAGUCUUGAUGGGUCCGAUUCAUACGGAAGGCAUCUUCACGUGCGCUCUCAUGGCCAUCGCUAGAUGCUUGACAUCCGAUGCCUCAUCCAGCACCACUUCCUCGGCCACUCCUGCUACGAAUGGUGCUGCUCAAACGAAUGGUGCUUCCGAGUCUUCGAACUCUGAGCUGGAACAUCACCUUUCCAUUUUCAUUCGAGAUGAGAUUGCGUUCUGGUACAUGUCCUCUCACCGGCAGAACGUCAAGGAAGGCGAGAUGCGCGAACACGUGCAGAGGAACUCGGAGGCGAUUGUUGGCAAGGCUGUCGGUCUGGCGAGAGAGCCUACAGGACACAAUCUGCCUGCUAGUCAGAGUGUUCUGGAUCUCGUGGCUAAGGCUACGAACCCUGAGAAGUUGAGCCAGACUGAUCUGCUGUGGAUGCCGUGGUUGUGAGGAGGGGAUGAUGUGGUGGUGGCGAGAAAUGAUCUGAGGUUUUAGCGUGGAGUUAAGAGUGAAGGGAAAAUGUGGCUUGCAUAGCCGGAUGGCAGGGAAGGGGUUCUAUUAGCGCUGGCGCCCUGGAGCGUGCCUGUCAUGGCAAAAGAGAUUGAUAUUGGUAGUUGUAUCUUUUGGAACGAUGACUCUGUUACUGUUCUG